GUUUUGAGCGGAAGCGGAAGCGGAAGCAGGCUGUAUCCGGGUGAGAGCAGCGGGCCGGCAUGGCGCUGCGGGUGGUUCCGCUGCUGCUGCUGCUGCUCCUCGGCAUCGCCGCCAGGACCGGGGACGGGACCAGUAACGGGGACGGGACCAGUAACGGGGCCGGAGCCGGAGGCGGGGAGCAGGGAGCGGAGCUCACGCAGCCAUCCAGCACUUCAACAGGCGGCGGAGGAUCCAACGGGGCACAGGAUGGAGACGGCGGAGGGACAAAUAACGGGGGAGGAGCUGGUGGUGCCGGUCAAAACACAAACGGGAUUGAGACGCAGCCCGGAGGGACAGGGAAACAAGGCGAUAAAGACAAGGAAGAGAGCAAUGGGGGCAAAGACACCAGCCAGAGCAAUGGUAAUGAUGGCACUGGGAGCCAAAGCACCAGCCAGAGCAACAGCAACAGUGGCAGUGGGGGCCAAGGCACCAGCCAGAACAAUGGCAAUGAUGGCAAUGGAGGCCAAGGCACCAACCCGAACAACGGCAACGGUGGCAGUGGGGGCCAAGGCACCAGCCAGAGCAGUGGCAGCGGUGGCACACAGUCUGGCAACACUGCUGGCCAACCCAGCACCCAAAACACUGACAGCCAAAGCAAUACCCAGCAUGGUGAUGAUCAGGAGCAGAGCAGCCACAAUAGUGGCAAUCAGGGCACCAAGACCGACAGCCAAAGUAACCACCAGCAGGGCAGUCAGACCACACAAAAUGGCAACACCAAUGGCCAGAGUGGCCAGAAAAAUGGCAGUGCUGGUAACCAAAACAGCCAGAAAGAGAACACUGACAAGGGCAAUGGCCAGACCAACCAGCAUGAUGACAACACCAGCAGCAGCCAGAACAAUGUGCAACAUGGCAACACCAACAGCCAGACCAACAAGCAGCCUGGUAACACCAACAGUCAGACCAACCAGCAGCCUGAUAACACCAACAGUCAGACCAACCAGCAAGGCAGCGGCACCCAGCAACAUGGCAACACCAACAGCCAGACUAAUGAGCAACAUGAUAACACCAACAGCCAGACCAACAAGCAGCCUGAUAACACCAACAGCCAGACCAACCAGCAACCCAGCAACACGCAGCAUGAUGGCAACACCAACAGCCAGACCGACCAACAGAGCGACGAUGCCAACGGUCAGAAUGACCAGCAAGGCAGCGACAACCAGCAACAAGACAGCACCGACAUGCAGGACAGCAAUCAGGGCGACCAGGAAGACUCAGUGGAAAAUAAUGGGCAGCCCUCACAGUCAGUUUCAUCUGUUCAUGACACAGAAGGCUCCCCAGAUGGUGACGAACUCCCUGAGGAAGAGAACGGGUUUAGGAAUGGUAAUGGUGCUGCCUCAUUUAAUGAGAGAGAGAAGAGUAUUCCUGUUUCUCCAGGGAAGAAGUCAGAGAACAGCCACUUCUUUGCCUAUCUGGUGACCACGGGGAUUAUUGUUGCUGUUCUGUAUGUUGCCUAUCACAACAAGCGGAAGAUCAUCGCUUUUGCCCUGGAAGGGAAACGUUCGAAAGGCGGUCGGCGGCCCAAAUCCGGCGAUUAUCAGCGGCUGGAUCAAAAGAUCUAGAUUCCUCUUCAGGUGUUCAGUGGAAGAAUGCUGCUUGGCGACAACGGGACCAGAAUGGUGGGACACCAUCAACUGCCCUCUGUAGCACUGAAUCAUAGCUUUGCUGUCGUCUUCGGAUCUCAGAGAACAGGAAGAAGGGGAAAUGCUUUUACUUUUGCACCUGCACCUUGGUAAUGUUCGACUUCUCACUUCCUUAAAAUGUGUUUCUCCUUUCCCAGCGGCCUGAAAAUGAAUCGGUUUCUGCGUGGGCGUCUGGUUUCUAGACCGUGGCCCAAGAGAAGCCAGCUCUGGCACUUGACAGAACUUUCAUGUCUAAACGAAAUGGGAUUUGCCAGCUACUGUACCGACAUCUCUUGAGAAAAAUCCACCUGCGAAAUGAGCCAUCUGAUUCUCUCCUUUCAGAGUCAUAGAGCUGCCUUUGUAACCAGCACUGUCCUGCUGGAGGCACCAACAAUCUCUUUCUCUGUCCAUUGCAUUUGGAUGCUGAAGUUUGGAGCGUGAUUGCACUAGCUUGGAAAUGAUCUGCCAAGGACUCUGCUUUGAUUUCUUUUCUUCCUCUGCGAUGAAGGUGAUGUUUGCUUCACAUAACAAUUCUCACCUUAAUGCACUCCUCUGGGAGUGUUGGAGCUGCCCUCUGGCUGUAGUUUAGACUUCCUUACCUGCCCUAUGGCAGUUGUGCUCCACGUGGCUCUGUUCCCUUGUGGUCCUCACAGCUGAGAUGCUUGCACUAAUGAGGACAAUUAGUUUGAUGCUGCGAAAGCAAGCCAUUCAGGCUUACGAAGUUCUGUGCCAUACAGCUGCAGUGAUGGAGCAAACUUAACCUCAAAAAGGUAACUCUUCCCUGUUGUUAAAACAUUGUCAUGAUGAUGCAGAGUGGGUGAUAGUGUUUGGGAUGAAUGAAAUUUGCAGUCAUUCAAACCUCUUCUCAAGUACUGAGGCUCUUCAACAGGAAAGGUGCAGCGCUUGCACUAAGGUGUUUCCCAGGCAGCUGCCCUGUGAGAGGGAGGGUUUGUCCCACAGCUCCCAAACCUCUCUGCUCUUCUGCUGCUCUGUCCUCAGCCUGCUAAUGGGGUUUAACGUGAUUGAAUGUACACCUCACCAGCAGCUUGUUGCUGUUUUCUCAGCGUCACUGUGGGGCACUUAAAUGAGGGCCUGGGAUGUACUAGCACUGGUUGUAUUGAAGACUGCAAAGUGUAUUGAUUCCUGAGCUGUAGCUGUUACGCUGGUCUUGUUUUUGUAGUUCUGCUCCAAAGAUACUUACUCAAGAUAGGGCACUUUUGAAGGAUGUGUGUAAAGUGCCCAGCUUCUUAGUUAGUUUUUUAUCCUAUUUGGGCAGAAAAUGACGGCUGUGACACAUGGAGGGCUAUUCACAUGGGUACACGUGUACCCAGAGCCGCACAGAGGAGUCCUGUCCCUGCUUUGAGGCUGGAGGGGCUGCCUAUCCCCAGCCCUGCAUGAAGGGUGACCCUCCCCAUGGCUGCAGGGUGAUGAGGGCAGGGAAGAUCCCUUGUCUGGCCAUGAAGGCUACAGUUGUGUCCUGGUUUUCCAGCACAAAGGGAGAGCGGGAGAAAUCUCCUCUUGCCUCAAACCUGUGGGAUCGACUCCUGGUGUUUCUUUUCUCUUUUUAUGCAAUGUGUUUCAAACUGGUCAAGGAGUGUGAAGCCUUUUCCUUUUGCCCAUGGCACAUUUCUGAAUGGACGGUACCUGUUGGGUACAUGAUUUCUCUCCAGGUGGGGCUGCUCCUGGGCCUGCUGCCUUGCUGGCACAAAGCAGCGCACAGUUUGUUUCCUGCUGCAGUGCAACGCAACUUGCUUUGAAGGACCAGAAUUUUUAUAUUUCUUUGUAUUUUUUUUUUCUGCUGUGUGGUAAAGUCAAUAAAUGACUUAAAAAAUACA